AUGCCUAUUUACAGGAUCCAACAUUCGUGCCCCCUCACGCAGUACCAGAAAUCCCUGUUAGCCCACAAGAUCACCGUGUUACACAGCACCGAAUUCCUGACCCCGUCACUCUUCGUCAACGUCCACUACCUACCCGGCGAGCCGGCCAGUGAUUUCUUCCUGGCCGGCAAGCCCUACAACCACGGCCUCACAUCGCCGAACCGCAUCAUGGGCACAGUGCGGACGGGCCCGAAACGCACAAAGGAGCGAUUCGACGCUUUUGCCAAGCAGCUCGAGGCAGCCUGGUACGAGGUCGUCAAUGGGCCGAAGGAGGAAGGUCAGGCCAACGUUCGUGGUGCUGUCAAUGGCCACAGAGGAGAGAUCAGCAAGGAAGAAAGAUUGGCGAGAAAGCUGCACAUUGUGGGCUUUACGCCGGUGAUUGGCGGGCUCGAGAACGGAGUGCUUCUCCCAAGUGCCGAUAACGAAGCGACAUGGCUGAAGGACAACAUGACCUUCUUCAAGGAGCAGGCCGAGCUCUACGACGACGAGCCGUUCCAGAAUCUGCUCCAGGAGUUGAAGGAGAGGCCUGACUUGAGAAAGCUGGUUGAGUGA